AUGGCACACAAACACAAUCGCCGAAGGGUUCGUCCCCGCAACCGCAACCACAGCACUUUGAAUCCGACCUUCGACAUACCAGACGAUUUAUCAACUAUAUACGAGUCAUCCAUUCUCCCUUCAGCCUCUCAUUCGAGUAGUGACUUGAGGCCGCCUCUAUUGCCGGCAACAUUACGAAACCCUGACGCCAACGUCGCUUCCAGGCACUGGUACAACAGAUAUACAGCCUGGCAGAACCGAGAAAAGGCUCAGAGGCGAGAGGCUGCCACGAUCGAGGCAGAACAGAUCAAGUUGUUUGGUGGUGAGCCAGGAGACGACAUGGAUCUUUGCUAUAAGAUGAUGGAGGUGUUCGAGGGGAUGAACUGGAUUGAUACCCUUGAGUAG